AGGAGGAGGAGUAAGAGGAAGAGAGGAGAGGGAGGAAGCAGCGGCUGGUCCCUCUCUCUCUCUCUCUCUCUCUCCCCCUCUCUCUCACACACACACACACCUGACUGCCCUGUGCGUCGCUGUGUGUCAGUAGAGAUGAUGUCGGUGUGAACUCGCGCACAAACUCCAGCUGCUGUGACCUGUGUGAGUUCUGGUGAAACGAUGGAGGACCGAACCGGAGCCGCUGGGGUCUCUGUUUUCUCGGCGACAACUUUACACCUCUUCUCUCCUCACUGAUCCGCGACCUGUCAUCACCUUUCGCAGCGAGUGUGUGCGUCUGAACACAGCGGCACUUCUGUCACUUUGUGCUUCCAGAGCCUCCUCAGCAUCCACAAAACACCCAGGUACCACAGGCUGUAGGAUUAGGAUGGGGUCAUCUGUUGCCCCGCUGGCCCUGGUCCUCGUCCUGGGCUGUGCCCCUGGUGUAUGGAGUCUGAACCCAGAUGACCCCAAUGUCUGCAGCCACUGGGAGAGCUACGCUGUGACUGUACAGGAAUCCUACGCUCACCCGUUUGAUCAGAUCUAUUACACCCGGUGCACGGACAUCCUCAACUGGUUUAAAUGCACCAGGCACAGGAUCAGCUAUAAGACGGCUUACCGGCGGGGGGUGAGGACCAUGUAUAGACGCCGCUCACAGUGUUGCCCUGGUUACUUUGAGAGCGGAGACUUGUGUGUUCCUCUGUGCACAGAGGAGUGUGUCCACGGGCGCUGCGUGUCUCCGGAUACAUGCCAGUGUGAGCCCGGAUGGGGCGGGCUGGACUGCUCCAGUGCAAACAUAGCCAACGGAACAGGUUGUGAGAGCGACUACUGGGGACCUCAUUGCAGUAAUCGCUGCCAGUGCCAAAAUGGGGCUAAGUGUAACCCCAUCACAGGUGCCUGUGUCUGCACUGAUGGGUACCAGGGAUGGCGUUGUGAGGAGCCCUGUGAGCACGGAUACUAUGGCAAGUUGUGCCAACUUCCCUGCCAGUGUCUCAACGGUGCCACCUGCAACCAUGAGACAGGAGAGUGCAUCUGUGCACCGGGGUACUCGGGGGCUUUCUGUGGAGAGCGCUGCCCCUCCGGGAGUCACGGGCCUCAGUGUGAGCAGCGCUGCCCGUGUCAGAAUGGAGGAACCUGCCACCACAUCACCGGAGACUGUUCCUGCCGGACCGGGUGGACGGGUUCAGUUUGUGCCCAGCCGUGCCCUCUUGGCAAGUACGGCAGCAACUGCAGCAAAGACUGCUCGUGCCGGAACGGCGGAAUAUGCGACCACAUCACGGGGCAGUGCCAGUGUGCAGCAGGCUUCAGUGGACGCAGGUGCCAGGAUGACUGUCCUGUGGGCACCUUCGGUCCACAGUGUAACCAGAGGUGUGAGUGUCAGAACGGAGCCAAGUGUCACCAUAUCAACGGAGCCUGUCUUUGUGAAACCGGGUUCAAAGGGCCUAAUUGCCAGGAGAGAUUCUGUCCCCCGGGCCUCUACGGCCUCAUCUGUGACAAGUACUGCCCCUGCAAUUCCACCAACACUGUGAGCUGCCACCCACUUUCUGGUGAAUGCAGCUGCUCAGCAGGAUGGACGGGGCUUUACUGUAAUGAGACCUGCCCGCCUGGAUACUUCGGCGAGGGAUGCAUGCUGCCGUGCAGCUGUACCAACGGAGCCGACUGCCACACGGUCACAGGUGCCUGUAUAUGUGCCCCUGGCUUCAUGGGUGAGGACUGUGCCACAGUGUGUCCCCCUGGUCUUUAUGGGCCGAGCUGCAUGUCCACCUGCUCCUGCCAUAAUCAUGCAUCCUGCUCUCCUGUCGAUGGCUCCUGCGUCUGCAGAGAAGGAUGGCAGGGAGUGGACUGCUCCAUCCUCUGCUCCAGCGGUACAUGGGGUCUGGGCUGUAAUCAAACAUGCUUAUGUGACAACGGGGCGGCGUGUGACCCUAUGGAUGGCAUCUGCACGUGUUCUCCAGGGUGGAGAGGAGAGCACUGCCACGAGUCCUGUCCUGAUGGCACCUAUGGUCUGGAGUGUCGUGAGCGCUGUGACUGUACCCAUGCUGACGGCUGUGACCCAGUGAGUGGCUACUGCCGCUGCUACCCCGGCUGGACAGGAAUCCACUGUGAUAAUGUGUGCCCACAAGGCUUCUGGGGACCCAACUGUUCAGUCACCUGCUCCUGUCAGAACGGAGGCUCCUGCUCUCCAGAGGACGGCGCGUGUGUGUGUGCACCUGGAUACAGAGGGACCUCCUGCAAACGAAUCUGCUCUCCGGGCUUCUACGGGCACCGCUGCAGCCAGUCGUGUCCGCAGUGCGUCCACAGCACCGGGCCCUGCCAUCACAUCACGGGCCACUGUGAGUGCCUGUCCGGCUUCUCCGGCUCUCUGUGCAACCAAGUGUGUGCGAGCGGCAGGUAUGGGAGGGCCUGCGCCGAGAUCUGCCUCUGCACCAACAACGGCACCUGCAACCCCAUCGAUGGCUCCUGUCAAUGCUUCCCCGGCUGGAUAGGAGAGGAUUGUUCUCAGGCCUGUCCCUCUGGGCACUGGGGCCCUGAUUGUCUCAACUCAUGUAAUUGCCACAACAGCGCCCAGUGCAGUGCCUACGACGGGGAGUGCAGGUGUAGCCCCGGCUGGACCGGACUCUACUGUACCCAGCGCUGUCCUUCAGGAUUCUACGGCAGGGAUUGCUCUGAGGUCUGCCGCUGCCAGAAUGGCGCGGACUGUGACCACAUCACUGGCCAGUGCGCUUGCCGAACAGGUUUCAUCGGGACGAGCUGUGAGCAGAAGUGUCCUGCUGGCACAUUUGGAUAUGGUUGCCAGCAGCUGUGUGAGUGCCUGAACAAUGCUACCUGUGACUAUGUGACUGGAACGUGCUACUGCAGCCCCGGAUAUAAAGGCAUCCGUUGCGAUCAAGCAGCUCUGAUGAUGGAGGAGCUGAACCCGUAUACCAAAAUUAGCCCCGCGCGAGGCUCGGAGCGCCAUUCGGCGGGGGCCGUCAUGGGCAUCAUCUUCCUCCUCCUCAUCAUCAUGGCCAUGCUCAGUCUGUUUGUGUGGUACAGACAGAGGCAGAGGGACAAAGGUCACGAGAUCCAGCCCAGCGUGUCGUACACACAGGCUAUGCACAUCACGAGCACUGACUAUUCCCUUUCCGAGUGUGGCAGCACUGUAGCAAUGAGGACCAGUGCUGCAGAAGUCAAUCCGAGCCAGAGCAGCGGCAGCGGCAGUGGCCAGUGCUUCGCCAACCCCAGUUAUCACACUGUGGCCCAGUGUAAUGUUGUGUCAACCAUUUCCAACAACCUGGAUGGUACCCUGAUCCUCAAAUCAAGCACCCUGAAAAGCAGAAACGGCUCCGAGUGGAGAGCCUACUGCAACCUGAAUGACCUAGAUGUUCAACAGGGGGAGACACAGACGCAGAGAGGGUCGAGAAAAGAUUACAUCAAGGGCUCCAUGUGCAGCAACAGCUCCUGCUCCCUGAAUAGUGAGAAUCCAUAUGCCACCAUUAGAGACCCACCAGGGCUCGCUUGCAAGCAUACAGAGAGCAGCUAUGUGGAGAUGAAGUCCCCCUCCCACCGUGAAGUGCCCUUUGGAGGCACUGCCACCCUCCUGGGCAGUGCGAGCAGGAAUGUCUAUGAUGUUGAGCCGACCGUGAGCGUCCUGCAGGGACCCAAUGGAAUGGCGACCGGCUUCUCCCAGAGCCCCUACGACCUUCCCCGCGGCAGCCACAUCCCAAGCCACUACGACAUACUGCCCAUGCGUCACAGCCCGACACACACACCUCCUCCACCCCCAGAGAGCCCCAGCUCCCUGCUGUAGAGGGCUCACCGUGCACCUGGCCCUGACAGCGUGCCAGCAUCCAGGCAACGUUCAGCCAACUUUCAACCAACGGCCCUCCCUCUGUCUCCGUGUGUUUGAUUUUAGAUACUGAGAUGUUGAGAUGAAGGGACAGCCACAGCUCCUCUUGGACCCUGCUCUCUUUGGCUCCCUCACUCACUAUCUUUCUGCCCUGAAGGAGGGAGGGGGGAGGAAAGAGUGUCCCACACACCAGCGACCAUCCGUCCGUUUUAUUUUCUUAUAGAAACUGAUUGCUCAAACUGCUGCCCGGCCUCUUUAUGGACCUCCUGAAGUGGAACAUAAUGGUUCCAGACAGCAUCAAGGGCGGCAUAUAUGGAUUGUUUGGAGAGAUUAUUUACAGGGAGAGAGCUAUACUCCGACUCAUUUUGGCCCAAUGCUCUAAGUUUACUAUUCAAGGGCAGCCAAGUGUUCAUAAUAUUCCCCAAAGUGAUUUCCUCCACUGGAAGGAUGGUACAGAAACCUUGACCAUAUCAAAGCAGGCAGGGAUUUAUCACAUAGAGACAACAGAGUUUAUGGUUCUUCACUGUGUGCAGCAGUGAUUAUGAUCAUCUACUCUGAGGUAAAGAAACAUUCAGUCACAUAGUAGAGAACACUGUUCUUAAUGUUAAACAUGGAAACCUAGCUGAGAGUGAACCGAGUGUGAUGAAGCAUGGAUAAAUAAUGAAAUAUUGUAAUGGUCCUUUAUUCGUUCUCAUUCUGUAAUGACCACACUGAUGAUUCUAAUGUGAUCUGUGUCACGCCAGAGAUUCUUUUUAAGUUGCAGUGGAAACUAGAAUAUCAUUCGGUAGAGCUCAUAUCUCCGCCAAGGGCCAACAGUCCCCUUAAACUCAGUCAAGCUGCACCAAACUCCACAGUCAUAGAGAUCGUUUCCCUAAAUGUUCCUGAUUUUUUAUCAUAAAGAUCCAUUAUGUAUUCCAUCAGGAAAAGGCGAAAAUGUUGAAAAACAUCUUGCAAUGUUAAAGAAAGCAGAAAAAAGGUGAAAAGAAUCCUGGAUCCCCUCCUGAUCCGGAUCCACACCAAAGUUUGAUGAGUUCCUCCCACACCACAUCCUUCCACCAAGUUUCGUGUCCAUAUACAUUCAUUACUUUUCAUUUAAUCUUGCUCAUAAACAGACAGAAACAAAGGGACAGGGGUGAAAACGUAACCUCCGUGGCAAAGGUAACAAAAUAAAGGAGGAUACAUGUCAAAAAGACACAAAAUUAAAAGCUGUUAUUGCACAGAUUGGGAUUUAAAAGUCAUUCCAAAUGUAGAAUAUUUUCAGAAUCAGGUAAAUGAUGAAAAUCAGGAUAUUUAAUUUAUACUUACUGGCUAGAAAUAUUUUUUUUUUGUAAUCUCACUUACAAACAAACAAACAAAUGGGUGAAAACAUAACAUACUUGGCGGAGGUACUGAGGCCCAGUGUAUCCGGAGAUGUAUUCAGGUCACCAGUGUUCUUCAGUUCACACACACACACACACACACACACACACACACACACACACACACACACACACACACACACACACACACACACACACACACUAGGUCUAAAGUUUGGAUUUUACCCCACACUGAUGAAGUUAUCAGAUCUUGUGUUGAUUUCUAUGUGAAAGUAUUUUCUUGCAAAUGUCUUUAAGUUUUUUGAAAUAUUGGGUGUUGAGACGGGGAUUGGUUUGACCUUUUAUGUUUUAUAUUUAUAAAGCUAAUUGUUUAUUUAUUGAUUUAUAUUAGUGAUGGUGAAUCUUUAUCAAUGUGACACUAGGAUAAAAAAAAAAAGAUGAGCAUGAUCAGAUAAUGGAUACCCACUGAUGUAGAUAACACACAAUUUAUCUUCUUGUGAGAUGAUCAGUGUCAUUUUGUGAACCGUUUUUGAAGUUACUUAUCAUGUUCUUUCUCUCUCUGUCAGACUGUAAAUUUAAAAUAAGAUUUCAUCCGACCAAUUCUAGACCUACAGAUACCUGUGCAGUAUUUACAAAGGGUAACCAUAUGUAAAAAGUCCAUUUAAAAAAAAUGUUUUAUGUUUGUAUCAGGCUAAUUAGCUUAUUUAUUAAACUGAGUUUACUAAUUCACUAUGUGAAUUCCAUUUCACCCUCUGUAGAAGCAAUAACAUGUUGACAAUCGAUGUCCAGUCAGCGUUUCAUUAGUGCUGGACAUCAUCUCUUACCAUCUUUGACCAGUGUGGUGACAGUGAAUCAUACUUUAUGUGACUGUUUUUCCUCCCAGGAAGGUUUUUCCAGUUGCUGUCAUAUCAAUGCUGCUUGUUGUUUUGGUACAUACAUUUCAAAUUAAAAGCCUUCUCUGCCAUCAGAA